GCGCGCCAGUCGAGCGCCGCGGCUCGUUCGAAACGGAGAAACCACGCUCAACCCGGAGAGCUUGCAAGCACACGUGGACUCGCGCGUUUCACGGUGCGGCUUGAAUUUUUCACCCUCGACACUUCUCUCAUGGGGCAACGAGUCGAGUGGACUGGAGCUUCGUGGCGACGGAAAUAAUUAAUAGAGAGAAAUAAUCGCGAACAACAAGUGAAGUCGGAUAGUUUCGUUUAAUAUGUUCGCGCAUCGAGGAUCCGAGGAUUCGUCGAUAGCGAGUCACCGCCGUUCGGUGCCAAGAGUGCGAAAGCGACUCCGCGCGGAGAAAUCAGCCGAACUGCCUCGAGACGCUGCCGAGCACACCGAGACGAUUUAAGAUGCUAGAGUACUGGAUGGGGAGCAACGAGAGCGCCCCGAACGCGAGCGAAUUCGAGAUCCAGGAGGUGAUCGAGGAUCCGGGCUCGGCCAGCCUCUUCGCCGGCUAUCCAGCUUGGCUCCUCUACUUUGCCGCCGGCUGCUGUGCCCUCUUCAUGCUCAUCGGCAUACCCGGCAAUCUCAUCACCGUCGCCGCCCUCUUCCGCACCAAAAAGCUGAGAAACGCAACGGCCGUCUUCAUAAUGAACCUCUCGAUGUCGGACCUGAUGUUCUGCUGCUUCAACCUGCCCCUGGCGACGUCGACCUUUUGGCACGGCUCCUGGCUCCACGGACCACUUCUCUGCCGUCUCUUUCCUCUGCUGAGGUACGGCCUCGUCGCCGUGAGCCUCUUCACCGUACUCGCCAUCACCAUCAACCGGUACGUCAUGAUCGGACACCCCAGACUCUACCCCAAGUUGUACAAGCCCAAGUACCUCGUGCUGAUGGUACUGGCCACGUGGAUAGGCGGCUUCGGAGCGCUCAUACCGACUUGGUUCGAGCAGUGGGGUCGAUUUGGACUGGAUCCGGUUAUAGGAAGCUGUUCCAUACUACCCGACGUCUACGGGCGCAGUCCCAAGGAGUUUCUCUUCAUUCUGGCUUUUCUGGCGCCCUGUAUAGCCAUCGUCGUUUGUUACGCCAGGAUCUUCUACAUCGUCAGGAAGACGGCGAUGAAGAGCAGGAGGAGGGACGAGGCCACCCGGCAACUUGUGCAUUCGAAUUUCGAGUUGAUGGGCUUCGAGGCCAAGUGCUCGAAGAACAUGGAAGACUCGGCGAUCGGUUCGAUGAGCUGCCAGGUGACGCACACGACUAUCAGCGAAAACGGCGGUUCGCCCCUCAAGUGCGACCAUCAGGGUCUGAUGGUGGCAAUGGCUCGAGCCCGUUCCCCGUCCCUCCGUAAGAUAUCCCUGCCGAGAUUCGUCGAGCGAUCGGACGACGUGACGGCCAGUAGCGUCAGCCACCAGAACGAGCAGUCGGACCCGGACUUCCGAGGAGUCGUCAUCCCCGAGCUCAGAGUCCAGGACAACAACAGGUCCGACUUGGACGUCUGCUGCGGCCAGACCGAGUUCGCCAAGAGUCUCGAGACUCUGCCGUACAUAGAUGUCAGCAGCUCGACUCAGACGGGCAAUGGAAACGCUGGAGGAGAACAGAUACUCGACUCGCACUCCCUGCAAAAGGCCAGCAACACUUCCAGGUUUCUCAGUCCUCCCGCUACCUGCAGAUACGACGAGGUCUCGGACGACUGCGUGAGUUCUCGUUCGGACUCGCCGUCAGAACGUCGACGCGCGAGCAACGGCAGUCGUCGCGGCGACGUAACCCCGACGGGCAGUCGAGUCUUGCGUCGCGAGUCACGUUUUCGCAGCGUCCGCGGCCGAAGCUUCGAGACCGGUAAAAUGACGGCCAAGGACAAGAAGCUCCUGAAGAUGAUCCUCGUGAUCUUCUCUUCCUUCCUGAUCUGCUACCUGCCCAUCACCAUCACCAAGACGUUCAAGAACGUGAUCGACUGGCGGGGCCUGAACAUCGCUGGCUACAUCCUCAUCUACCUGACGACCUGCAUCAACCCCGUCAUCUACGUGGUCAUGAGCUCGGAGUAUCGAAGCGCCUACAAGAACGUCCUGCUCUGCAGAAGCGAGUCAAGCAAUGCGGGGAAUACCGGAGCCAACGCCGUUUGCAACGAGAAGCGACGGGCCAGACAGAAACUGGAAGACGGACCGAGGAACAGCAGCAGGAAGACUCAGAGGAACGGCUGAAGCGAUGAAGACUGAAGGUGUACCAAGGAUUUUUUCGAUACUCUUGAUUCCUGAUUGUGAAUGAAUGUCGUAUUAUAAUAUUAACGGAGCGAGCGAAUCUCUUAACUGUUUGUAUAAUGAGGCGACUGGAGGAUGAAUGUUUUAUUAUGGAUAUGUAGACAUCAGUAGCCGAUGUUUUCGUAUGACAUUUUUAUAUAACGAUCGUAGCUAUGAUUUGUACUUUUUCUUACAUUGAGGCGAAUUCUGCAUGGGAUCGUAUACUGAGAUCGAUUACGAGACUCUUUUGAAGACUGCUGACUUUUGUUGUAUUAUGGACGUACAUUUUACAAAGAUUUUGCGAUUUCUCAGAGCUUUUAUUCGAGUUUUACUCUACAUUUAUACAAUGCCGCAAAACAUAACGUUUUAUGCAAAAUCGAUAUCGUCGACUUUCACCAUUAGAAUGUUUCAUAAUUCUCAAAUUUUAAGAGGAACGAGCAAACGAUGCAAUUGGCUUAUGUCGUAUACGUAACUUCGUUAUCGGUCAAUUUUUUACUAAACUUAUUCCGUUAAGUUGAGUGACAGUGUCGUUAUGUUGCACAAAAGAAAAAGUAUUGUGUAAUGUAAAAAUCACCCGCAAUAAUAUGUUGUUACUAUUUUGUUAAGGUUCUUGUGUGAUACGAAUCGGUGUCUUCUGUAAAAGCGCUGUGAACAUAACGAGAGGACUAACGAUCCUUAUAUAUGCGAGAGAAGAAUGUUUUCUGUACUUAUUUGCAGGACGUGUGCGGCGAGUGUACAUAGAUUUAUUAUUUACGGACGGAAGAUCACAAGUAAUAAGAGAGAUAUGGAAAAGAGGCUACGAGUCAUUGUUUAUGUAUUAUAUUCUCUUCGAAUAUAUAAUUAUUAUCGAAUUAGCCGAAAAUAUUUUUUAAUACUGAUUUCGAUUAUGAUUUGUAUAGAAAAGUUCAAUAGAUUAUUGAUAGAACGAUUAAGAUGAUUAUUUAAAUAUGUGUAUUAUUUUAUUAGAUACAAUAAACAACAAUAUUAAUUACAAAAUUUAC